UCCGCCCAGCUGCCAGAACACGCCCACUAGCGAUUGUCCAGUGAGGGCGUGGCCUCGCUGUGGGCGUAUCGCAAGGCGGGGCGCACCGUCUCGGUUGCUUAGCAACAGGACGCUGUAUUCGGUGCCUGAUUUCUGAUCGCCUGACACCGGGAGCUGCAAGAUGCCGCCGAAGAAGAAGAAAGGGAAAGGAAGCGCCAAGAAGGACAAACCAGUGGAGAAGCCCAAAGCGGAGCCGGUGUCUGAGGAGAGCAAGGAAUACUACCAGCUGCAGAUCCGGGACCUGGAGGGCCGCCUGGAGAGAUACCAAAAGAAAUGGGACGAGAUCUGUGCAAAGGAGAACUUCUUCCAGGCGCAGUUUGACCAGCUGUCCAGUGACAAGAAGGAGAUCGUGUCCUUUCUCAAACGCACCCUGAACCAGCGCCUCGACGAAAUCGCCGACCUCAACAACCAGCUGUCCGGCCUGCAGCAGGCCAAGGAUGCCGAGAAGGACGCGUACGAGGCACAGCUGGCACAGAUGAGGCAUGAGUUCCAGGAGACCAAGGAGAGGCUCACCUCCGAGAACAUGCUGCUAGCGGGCAAACUGGCCUCCUUGGAAGAGUUCAGGGUGCAGAAGGAGGAACUGAUGGCCAAGUUUGCUGCAUUGGAGGAGAAGUUAAGAAAACAGGAGGAAGAGCACAAGGACAUGAUGUACAAACUUGAGAAGAAGGCAGUGCUGGACAAGGACAGGUUGAAAAAGGAAAUGGUGCAGAAGGUCAACACCGUGGCGGCCGAAUUCCGCAAAGUAUCCAACGACCAGAUGGCGGCGACCACAAAGCGCGCGAUCCGCGAGAACGUAGCUGUCAGUUCCCAGCUCGCCAAAAUGUCGGAAAAGAGCUUAGAGCUGAUCCAAGAGAACGACCAGCUGAGAGAACAGGAAUCCGACAUGAGAAAACAGCUGGAGAUCCUGGAGGAGAACGAGAAGGAGUUUGUGAGGAACAACCUCAGCAACCAAAAGGUGAUCCGUAUGCUGACGGAGAAAUGUCAGCAGCAGCAGGAAAUGCUGGACUUGGCUAUCCAGAGGGAGCAGGACCUGGAUCAUCUGCACGUGGAGCAUCAGUCCCUUCAAGAGGAGGCACAAGCACUCAGGCAGAGGAUGACAUCCCUGGAGGAAGAGGUGCAAAGACUGAUGGAGGAGAGGGACAAUGCCAACAAGCAGCUAGAAGAGGAGGUGAAGAAGAGGCAAUCAGUGGAGAAAGUCCUAAGUCAGGCGGCCUCUUCUCUGAAGGACAUGCUCAUGGAGAAGUCCAGUGGUGAGGACGGUGAUGAACACAUCGAAUCCCUAGCAAAACGGAACCAGACGCUGCACAGUCUCCUGGUACUACUGGACAGUGCGGCCUCCCUAGGUCUGGGUCCUGCCUUACACGAAUUCCAGAGCCAAGACACUCACUACGUGAAGCAAUAUAUGCCCCCCAAGAGGCAGACCGUGUCCCCUACUCUAAAGGGCCCUGGUGUAAUCCCUCACUAUCGGAUGGGAGAUCUGGGACUGGUGCCCAGACAAGACGUCUCCAAUGCCAUACUCGGCAAGAUCGGGAUGCUGUCCAGAACCACAAAGCUUGGUCCGCUCCAAGCCAACCCUGCCCUAGCCAAGGACCUGCUGACACUAAGCCAAGAUGGAAAGCUCCCGAAACCGAAAGCGUUACCAGGAAUCUCCUCGACAUCGACCGGCAGUGCGCUUCUGAUGGCUAAAUGACAAUAAGUGACAUCUAAAUGCAUGAGAGUCGAUGCGAGCUGAAAAGCUCCAUGAUUAUAAUAAAGACUAAUGGAUGAAGCCUU